UAUAUAUAUAUAUUUAUACCUAAUCGAAAGAGAAACGCACUCACGCAGUUUUACAUCUCACGCUUUGGAGGGGGUGUGGUUUUUUGGUGGGACUAUUUCUCUGUGGGCUUUCUACCCUUUGCUUUCUUCCGUGGCUUCCUCUUUAGGUUAUGCCGUUUUCCCCUCAGGCUGUAUCCGGCUUCGAUUUGAAGGGAUUAAUUUCACUUAGGACAUGGAGCAAGUAUGCCUUUGGUCAAUUUGUGACAAAUUUCGGAGUUUCUCAUUCCAGGAAGUUCUUGAUUGGCGGUUUCUUAUCGCUGGAGGCUUUCUUCUUGUUUCUUUUGUCAAUUGCACUUAGUGAACAGCUUCUCAUGAAUGAUCAGUACAGGAGGCCAAAUGCUAAUUUUUUCUGAGAUAGCUGUUGGAUCUUUAGAACACUUCUAUAUUGCUUUGUUGAUACAUCGUCCAUUCGAGAUCCUUUGGAUACUGUCUUCUCAGGACUGAAGUCUGCUAGCAAUACAAAUUAUACAUGAUCAAAAAGUCAUAGAUAAUCUAUUGCACUGCUCGUGCAUAGUUAGUUUUUCUUACUAUGUGUAGUCUUUUAAGUUGAUGGAUACCUACUAAGUGUGGUGUGUUGUUUACUAAAGGUUUUGCAUACACCUAUAUAGCACGGUUGAGGUAGUUGUCAUACCUUCUACUGAAGUCUCAGUCAACCAUGUUCUGAUCUAAGCAUCAGAUCUGUCAGAGAUAGUUGUUCAUGGUUCAGUUAUCAGUUUUUGGACUGGUAACAAGAUGGUCAGCGGCUCUCGUGUUUCCGUGCUCAUUUUGCUGCAUCUCUGUCAGGAAACCUUUGAUGUGUUAAAUUUUAUAAAUAAGGCUGUGGAGGCUGUCGACCAUAAUCAUACUGGUUUUGCCUCUGCAUUCAAAGUCGGAGAAGAUUAACAUUUGGAACCCUCUGAGUCAGCCACAUUUUAGCUCGAUUUAAUAGCUUUCCUUUACAGUCAUCUACUUAGUAUUAAGUCUACUACUUGUUCUUUGUUCUGGAAUAAACUGGGUGUUUCCUGCUGUUGAGAUCACAGAAAUGGAAAGAUACAAGAUAAUCAAGGAAGUUGGAAAUGGUACUUUUGGAAGUGUUUGGCGAGCAUUGAAUAAACAGACUGGCGAAGUGGUUGCAAUUAAAAAAAUGAAGAAGAAAUAUUAUUCAUGGGAAGAGUGCAUUAAUCUGAGAGAAGUCAAGUCUCUUAGGAAAAUGAGCCAUCCAAACAUUGUGAAGCUCAAGGAAGUGAUUAGAGAACAUGACAUUCUGUACUUUGUAUUUGAGUACAUGGAAUGCAAUCUUUACCAACUUAUGAAGGACAGGCCAAAACUAUUCUCAGAAGCUGAAGUAAAAAAUUGGUGCUUCCAAGUUUUCCAAGGUCUUGCAUACAUGCAUCAACGUGGGUUCUUUCAUCGCGACCUUAAGCCAGAGAAUUUGCUGGUCUCAAAGGAUAUUAUUAAAAUUGCCGAUUUUGGUCUUGCUCGUGAAAUCAAUUCUCGACCACCUUAUACUGAAUAUGUUUCAACUCGAUGGUAUCGUGCUCCUGAAGUUCUGCUCCAAUCACCAACAUAUGGUUCUGCUGUUGAUAUGUGGGCAAUGGGUGCAAUAAUGGCUGAAUUAUUUGCACUUCGUCCUCUGUUUCCAGGGUCAAGUGAGGCAGAUGAAAUAUAUAAGAUAUGCAGUGUUAUAGGGACUCCAACGGAGAAUGACUGGUCUGAAGGACUUGAACUAGCUAGUGUUAUUAACUACCAGUUUCCACAGGUUGCUGGUGUCCAUCUGUCCGCCUUGAUGCCUUCCGCUAGUGAGGAUGCAAUUGACCUCAUUCAAUCAUUAUGCUCAUGGGAUCCAUGUAAGAGGCCAACUGCCUCAGAGGCAAUUCAACAUCCUUUCUUUCAGAGUUGUUUCUAUGUUCCUCCAUCUUUACGCACUAAAGCUGCUCUUGCUAAAACGCCUCCAUCAGCUGGAACCAGGGUGCCGGUGGAGCAAAAGACUGGUAGGAGAUAUUCGGGCAGUUUGCCAAAUGUGAAGUCUGCAAACAACUUCUCCUCCGUCAAGUCAAAUGCAUCUUCCUAUGCAGGUGUACAAAGGAAGUUGGAGAUGAAUUUUCAGUUUCAGGAUGAGCAGAAAUAUUCUAAGAGCACUUUGAAGCAACCACCAAGAUACCGACCACCUGUUAAGAAUGGUCCAGCUUCCACCUUUAUGGGGAAGACUCGUGGAGUUUCUGAUACAGCUGAGAAGUUUUCAAACAUGACCAUUGGAUCUGGAAAACCGUCUUUAAAGUCACAGCAGCCUCCACCCAUGAAGGCUGGAGGAUGGCACGGGCAAUCUGAUUUGUUCCUUGGACGAUCUCAAGAGAUGCUUCCCGGAAGAACUUUCACCAGGAAAGUGGCAGGAUGAAGACAUCUAAAAAAAUGGAUUUUGGUGUUUAGUAGUCUGAAUAAUGUGGUGUUGUGUGCUUACUUUUUAAGUCUUGUCUUAUUUGGGGGCUGAAAUAAAGAGUCAACCGUCCGUUUGAUGAACAUGGUACAAAACUAUUAUGACUGCAGUACUGGUUUUGUAAUGCCGUCCUGUGUUUAGUUCUUGUUGCCGUUUGGUCCUCUGAGGUACAGUGUGUUCAUUCUCUGCUGGUUGCAUUCUGUCAAAACCUUGGAAUAAAGAAAUAUAUUACUGUUCCUUUAUUGAU